AAUAAAGUGAAUUUUUAAUUUUUAAAUUAAAAUUUUAAUUUUUAAAUAUAAAUUAAGACUUUAUUUUUAAAAAAAUCAAAAUUAAUAUACAUUAAUUUUUAAUAAAUAAUUAAAAAAAAUUUAAAAUUUUGACUUCCUAUUCCUAACAUGAAUUUCCUGCACCAUCGUGGGGACUGGGGAAGGAUAAAAAAUACUUGUCUGUUAGAAGUCGGUAAUGAUGAAGGUCAACAGAAUGGCGUGGGGACAGACAACUCAGAAAAGCGGAGUGAGCGUGCGAUGUUUCGGCAGAUUUUGCUGAGACCUCGAUUGGCGCCGCUAUCACCGGCUACAUCCAUGGUGGGUCAAGGUGUGGUUUCUUCUUUGUCAAAUUCUUUCGUGGAGGAGAAGCAGCCAAUGAAGGCACCAAGGAUGGUAGGGCAAGUGGGGCAGUGUCUUGGUAUGGAGAAGGAGUGAUUGCUGAUGGUCGCGAUUUGUCGAGGAAUAAGGCGGUGGAUCAAUGUUGUUUAGGAUGGCUUGAUGUCAAUGGGAAGGAAGCAGUGGACAGUGUUUUGAAAUCGAUUUGGAAGUUAAAUCAUUUUGAUUUUGGUUCUCGAUUUGAUUGGUUUAAUCAGUUAAAUAAUUUAAAUUAUCGGUU